CAACUUCACUUGUAGGACUGUUUUAAUGACCAGCCCCACAGUCCCCAAAUCACUCCUGAAUAGCAGAGCAGCCAGCUAGCCUAAGGGAGAGGAUACUGGCCAUGAGGGACCGAGGCUGGCCCCGAACUUAGACCUUCAGCCAGUGCUGCCCAGCUGACCAGCAGGGCCAUCCCUGGAGGCCCUCCUCCUCCGGCCUUUGGUUGUCGAUCUCAGCUCCAGGUUGUGGGAAAACUGGACGGCCACAGAGCCAGCAUGGAUCCCAGCAGUGACCAUCCCCUGAACAACCUCGGUGCCACCCGCUUGCACAAGCCCCGCACCCCAAUGGAGACCUUCAAAAAGGUGGGGAUCCCCAUCAUCGCAGCACUGCUGAGCUUGAUGGUCAUCAUCAUUAUGGCUGUCAUCAUCAAGAUGAUCCUGGAUAAAUACUACUUCAUCUGCCAGCACUCUCUACACUUCAUCCCGAGGGAGCACAUGUGUGAUGGCCACCCCGACUGUGCCUCAGGGGAAGAUGAGGAACCCUGUGUCAAGAACUUCCUUGAGCAGCCUGCUGGGACAGUCCGCCUCUCCAAGGACCGAUCCACACUGCAGGUGAUGGACCCAACCACAGGGAACUGGGCCUCUGCUUGUUAUGACAACUUCACAGAAGCUCUGGCCAAGAUAGCCUGUGGGCAGAUGGGCUAUGACAGCCAACCCACUUUCAAAGCUGUGAAGAUUAGCUGGGACCAGGAUCUGGAUGUCAUUGUAGUCACAGAAAACAACCAAGAGCUUCGGGUGCGGAACUCAAGUGGACCCUGUGUCUCAGGCUCCCUGGUUUCCCUGCACUGCCUUGCCUGUGGGAGCAGCGCAAAGACUCCUCGGGUGGUGGGUGGGCAGCAUGCAUCUGUGGAUUCUUGGCCUUGGCAAGUCAGCAUCCAGUACAACAAGCAGCACAUCUGUGGAGGGAGCAUCCUGGACCCCUACUGGAUCCUCACAGCAGCCCACUGCUUCAGGAAACAUCUCGAUUUGUACAACUGGAAAGUGAGGGCUGGCUUUGACAAACUGGACAAUUUCCCAUCUCUGCCUGUGGCCAAGAUCUUCAUUGCUGAGCAAAAUAACUCAUACCCCAAAGAGAAAGACAUCGCCCUCGUAAGGCUACAGCUCCCCCUUACAUUCUCAGGGUGACAGCGGUGGGCCCCUGAUGUACCACUCUGAGCAGUGGCAGGUGGUAGGCAUUGUGAGCUGGGGCCACGGCUGUGGGGGCCCAAGUACCCCAGGAGUGUACACCAAGGUCACAUCCUAUCUCAACUGGAUCCACAAUGUGCGGAAGUCUGAGAUGUAACACUGCUGUCCCUCUGCAGUGCUGAGCUGCUUCCCCCUGCACUGCCUACCUGGAGACCACCAAAAAUCAGACUCAGAGCAAGAGCCCCCUUGGGCACAGGUGUCUUCCUGCAGUCUCAGGAUUGCUUGAAUCACCAAAGGGCCUCUGUUCCUGAAAGAGACCCCACAGCCCAGAGGUACCCAGAAGGAAGUCAGCUGCCUUAGCUCAGCCACCCCCAGGAGUGACACAGUGCACUGAACAGGACCAGCCAGUGGACCAGGCAUCAGAGGCAUUGCAGAACUGAGAAGGAACCUCUCUCUUGCUCUCUACCGAAUGGAAGUGGCUCUUUCAUGAGAGCCCAGAACACUAAGGGGUGAAUGGAGGAGGAAAGGGCCUGACUAGCCCUCUCCUCCAUCCAUACCCAAGGCUAGUGGAGCAAGGAACCAGUUGUAAUGUAAAAUGUAUUGUCCUACUGUUGGCAUGACUACUGCUACCUAUCACUUAUUAUUGAUACUUGUAUGGCUGUUAUCAUUAAACAGAUGUGUGAAAUCUUUGGCAUCA